GAGUGUAUGGUUCCGGACUGUGAGGUCCCCAGGGGUUGUAAGGAAUUCGGUUGACAAGGACGUACGGAGGUGGACGGGAUCGUGGGAGGACCCAAGUCGCCAAGCCGGGUCUGCGGGAGCCUGCGCGCGGUGCGUCAUCGGGGAGCGUCGUAAAACUGCCGUGACGUCGUGUCUUUGCCGCACGACAGCUAUUGUUUUGUCCACUUUACAGCCUCCAAACCUUUAUAAUUCCAAACCUUUAUAAUUUUCGUUCUUCUUUGUAAACCACAAGAAAAAGAUAUUUCCGCCGUUGGAUACGUUAAAGAGCGUCCCCGAGUGUCCUCCCGCUUCUUGGACCUGGCAACUGCCUCGUGCACGGGCGCUCUUCUUCCUGUUGACCCAGUCUGCCUUGAGGAAAAGAAAAAGGCAGAGAGUAUGGUAGUCCACCGCGUGAGAGAUUUUUAUCAGGACUCGGUGACCUUUGAUGAUGUGGCUGUGGACUUCACCCAAGAGGAGUGGGUUAUAAUGGAUCAAACUCAGAGAGACCUCUACAGAGAGGUGAUGCUGGAGAACGACCAGAACCUGUCCUCAGCAGGAUGUGAGGUCGUCAAACCCAGUCUGAUCUCCUGGUUGGAGGAGGAAGAUUUACAGGAAGUGCAGAGAGAAGGUUUCCAGGAACGGGAGAUGCACGGCACUUUAAGGAAACAAACUUCUAAGGUGGUACAAAUGGCAGGAAGACAUAGUGCUUUGGAACUCUGUGAUUAUAUGCAAUAUAAAGAUAUCUUAAGAGAACAUUCAUAUUUUAAAAGGCAUAUGCAAACCGAAAAGUCAAAGCACACCUGUGACUCUAAUCAGUAUGGAAAGCAUGUUCCCACUCUGCAUAAGGAAACAUCUAUGAGACAGGAAUUUUCUGUGUUGAAUCAGUAUGCAGGAAACUUUAGUCUGACCCCAAAUGUCACUCACCAGGGAACAGGCUUGCAGGACAAACCUGUUGAAUGCAAUACCGUCCUUAGUCAGUCAUAUUUUAAGGCACAUAUGAGAAUCUAUAAUGGCGAAAAAUUCUGUGAAUUGAUUCAAUUUGCAGAUUUUACAUGUCCCACAAGUGGAGCUCUGCCUAUUCAAAAGUAUACCAUAAAAGCCUAUGAGUGCAAGGUUUGUGGGGAAGCCUUUGGGCAUUCUUCCAAUCUUAAUAGUCACAUGCGGACCCACACUGGGGGAAAACUUUAUGGAUGUAAAAUAUGUAAGAAAUCCUUUACUACUUCUUCAAGUCUAACUAAACAUUUCAGAAUUCAUACUGGGGAAAAACCAUAUAAGUGUAAGGAAUGUGGAAAAGCUUUUACCAAGCACAUGUACUUUUUUUACUUUCUACACAUGUACAAACACAUGCUGAACAGAAAAGCCCUAUGUCUGUAAGUUAUGUGGGAGAUCCUUCACUAUUUCUUCAAAGCUGAUUGACCAUUUAAGAAUUCAUACUGGAGAGAAACCCUAUCAAUGUAAGGAAUGUGGGAAAGCCUUCCACGCAUCUUCCUACCUUCAUAAGCAUCUAGGAACACAUACUGGAAAGAAACCUUAUAAAUGUGAUAAGUGUGGGAAAGCCUUCCACACUUCCUCCUACCUAUAGAAAUAUGUAAGAACUCACAGCGCAGAGAAACCUUAUAAAUGUAGGGAAUGUGGAAAAUCCUACAAAAGAUGUUAUCUAUUGAAUGAACACUUAAAAACUCAUAUGGUGGAUAAACCUUUGAUUGCAAGGUAUGUGGAAAGUCUUUUACAAGUUCUGCUUGCUGUAAUAAGCACAUUCGCCUUCACACUGGAAUCAAACCUUAUAAAUGUAAGUAUUGUGGGAAAGACUUUACUGUUUCUUCAAGUCUCACUGAACAUUUAAGAACACACACUGGAGAGAGACGCUAUGAAUGUAAAGAGUGUGGGAAAGCAUACAAAAGGUGGUGCCUGCUGACGGAACAUGUAAAAACUCACUGGAGAAAAGUCCUUUGAAUGUAAAGUAUGUGGAAAACUCUUUGGAAAUUCCUCUUGCCUUAUUAAGCACAUUCGAAUUCACACUGGGUUAAUGUAAAUACUGGUAAAUGUAAAUACUGUGGAAAAGACUUCACUGUUUCCUCUAGCCUAGCUGAACAUGUAAGGACUCAUACAGGUAAGAAGCCCUACAAAUGUAAGGAAUGUGGAAAAGUCUUCACAACAUCCUCAAACCUCUAUCACCAUGCACAAAUUCACGAUAGAGUGGUUUCCUCGAAGUAUCAAGAAUGUGGGAAAAACUACAAUAAGUUUUAUUGACUAACUGAACAUCUAAUAACUAAGUCUGACCAGAAACUCUUUGAAUGGGAAGAAUGUCAAAAGCCCUUCAAGAAUUCUUCACAUCUUAAUCAUCAUAAUAGAAUUUCCAAUGGUGAGAAGUCUUAUUAAUGUAAGAAAUGUGGGUUAGCCUUCAAACCAACUUACUUGAAAACAUGAAAGCUCUCUUGUUCUCAAGAUGCCCAUGAAUUUAAGAAACAUGAGAGCCACUGGAAUGUCAUCAAAGUGCACUAAUGUGUGAGCUCACCCUGGAGCCAUAUAACGUCACAAUAGAAAAGCCCUACUUCUUGGGACUUGCUAAAUGCAUAAGCUCUUGCAGUGGAGAAACUUGUAUGUAAUAUGGAAAAGUCAUUCUGCUAAAUUCUUUACAUUCACUGUGAUCUCAGAGUGGAGGUGAUGAAGGUAAGAAAGUAGCAGUCAAUGUCUUCUACAUACUAUUCUUCAGCCUUUAAUAAACAUGGCAGUUUAUAACCAAGAGAAAAUGAGUGCAAAGUAUAUGAGAAUUAUGGUCACAUUUUGAGUUGAGUUAUAUGCUGACAGAGAUAGGACCUUCAGAUUUUUGUUGCUGUUUGAAGCAGCCCAAGCUAGACUCAAACUCAGAGGAUGGCCUUGAACUCCUCUUGAUCCACCUAUAUUCACCUCUUGAGUAUUGUGAUUACAAGCAUGCAGCAUUCAGUGCUGGCGAAUGAAACCAGAGCUUUGGGCAUCCUAAGCAAGCACUUUACCAGUUACAUCCCUAGCCCUAUUUGGGUAGUUCUCAUAUUUAUUUUGGACACUUGUGACUCCACCAUUCCCACUACAUAAUUGUGCCUUCCAGGUUGUUCUGCACAAAAAGUGAACUUUCAGAAUAUUAACUAAUAAAUCUGUUGUCGAGACCAGCCUGGUCUACAGAGCUAGUUCCAGGACAGGCUCCAAAGCCACAGAGAAACCCUGUCUCGAAAAACCAAAAAAAAAAAAAAAAAAAACCCAUAAAUAAAUAAAUAAAUAAAUCUGUUGUCUGGAGAUUAAACUAGGAUUAAACUUUAUAUAUACCAUAUGUUAUACCCUGGAGCUGUACCCAUACCCUCAAGUCCUAUUUCAAUAGUGUGUGUGUGUGUGUGUGUGUGUGUGUGUGUGUAUAGCAAGUCCUCUAUUACACCAGCCAGCUCCCAAAUACACAGGGACAUAUUAUUAAUUAUGAAAGCUUAGCCAAUAGCUUAGGCUUGUUCCUCAUUAGCUCUUAUAACUUAAAUUAACCCGUUUUUCAUUUGCAUUCUGCCACAUGGCUCACGGCUUGUUACCUCAUCUCCUAUGUGUCAUGCUUACUCCGAGUCUCCUCACAACUCUGCCCUUCUUGUCAGCAUCCUCUGUACCCCAAAAAUGCUGCCUAGCUAUUGGCCAUUCAGCUUUUUUAUUAAACAAAUCCAAGUGACACAUCUUCACAGUGUAUAAUAAAACUAUUCCACAAUAUUUUCCCUUAUUUGUUUAAAAAGGAAAGAUUUUUAACUCUAUUAUAGUAAAACUAUAUACAAUGAGAACAAUUAUCAGGUAUUAUCUAAUAGGAAAGGUAUUAAUUUUAAUAGAUGAAACUAUAUACAAUGAAAAUAAUUAUCAAGUAAGAAUUACAUUUACAAUGUCCAGUCCACUUGUAUUUGACAAAUUUAGAGAAAGUACUUAUCUAUUCUCUCUUGAUGAGUCCAAAGUUUUGUACCUAAAUUUUCUUCUAUCAUGACUAAGGAAAACUAUAUAGUCUUUAAUUCCAUCAGAGACCCAAGAAGGACAUAAUGCCUGAGUAAGCAGGAAGUACAGAGCAAACACCUUCUAAAACUGAAACAACAGAGCCAUCUGGCUGCCUGGACAGUGACCCAAGUUUCCUCUAUAACCUUUGGCCUACAGGCCUAGAAUAUUUGACAGAUUUUUCUGUGGAACAGUAGUUUUGAAGGACUGUCCUACCUUGAUUUGGCAAAGAUCAGCAGUCACUUUCCUGUGUGUCCUGCAUAUAUAUUCUCCAGUUGUCAUGAUCCACCUGCAGUAGCUAACAGCCAAGUUUGGAGUUCAAUACAGUUCUCUUGGGAGUGAAGGAUGAGAUACAUUGCAGAGUCAAGCUACAAUAAAACUGACAAUAAGCCGCCUUUGGGAUUUGUCCUUCUGUGAAAUAUGCACUGUGGAAACAAACUCUUAGAAUUUCAUAAGAAUAAAUGUGUUUGACAUCAUGUUCUGCUAUAUUGCAAACCAUCUCUAGCAAUUCCUGGAUGUGUCCUAUGGGUGCAGACACCAAGAUCAGCACUAGCAGGUUUCAGUCUCAGUGAUCCAAAUUUGUGCAUUUCUGAUGCUUGAACAACUUUAGAUUUUGUCCUGUAAAGCCAUCAGGGCUGUGCCACCCAAUGGCUCUUUCUGUGGCUCACAUUCUAGCCAGAGUAGCAAUGAACUAACACAAGCUCAACA